AUGGCCACGGACGUGGAGAAGUAUGAGCAGCUGCGGAACCGGGAGGCGGCCCGGACGGCGGCCCAGUUCUCGCAGGAGAUAUCCGACAGUCUGAUCCGCAACCACCACUGGGGCACUUUGCUCAGCGCCGCGCCUCUGGCCCUGAGCUUCGUUGGAGCCUGCCAGGUCGUCGCAUCGUCUCCCGCCGCAUCCGGCCUCAAGCUGAGGAAGCCGAGCAAUGGAUUCAGCCAUCUGCAAUACGAGUCCUUGCAGGCCAACCUGGUGUACCUGGUCGACAUCGGCCGCAAGACCUUCCUCGAGACUGAAACCCGCAUGGACAAGCUGGUCAUGCAUUCGAGAUACCUUUUCUCCGACACGGGCACCGUCAACAGGAUCAUCGAUGCGCUGAACGACGAGCAAGGUGCGCAAAAGACGCUGCCCGCAUGCAUGGUCACGUUGAAAAGCACCGUCGGCGAGUGCGAGAGCCAUUUGCAGGCCAUCGAGGCCCGAUUCGAGACCUGGCUGGACGUGGCCCAGGAACUGAGCCAGGUCGCUACCGAAUCCGAGCAUGACACAAUCGAUAAGCGCCAUGAGAACCAAGAUCAAGUCCACUCACAGAAGAUCCGCGGCGAGUUUGCCGAGAAGGAGCUGCAGAGGAGAGAUGACGCCGUAAGCGAGGCUCAGAGGAGGAUGCUCCUCGCUGAAGAUGCUUUCAAGCAGGCCUCUCGAAAAAUACCCUCUGGUUGGGAUGUUGUUGGUAUGAGCGUGGUAGACGUGCUCAGCCAGAGUGUCUUCAGCAUCGGCGGUGCUCUGGUCACGGCCCUCACACCCCACAAAUACGUGGCAUUGGGGCAUUCUGUCUUUGAUACGUUGAAGUCGACUCUGAUGAGAGACCACCACGAUGAUCAUGAUCAUCCCGAGAGCGCCGAACCAGGCCCUGGCAGGCACGAUGAUCCGGCGUGCACGCACUUGGACAGCUUACUGACGUAUCUGUCACUUCUUUCAUCUGUUGUCCACAAUGGGCUCCCGUCUGCAAACCAGAAGGAUGGCACAAUCCCUGAAAACAGCCCUGGAACCAUCCGCACAUUCUUGGAGAUCAUGGACUACGAUCUUCCGGAGAACGCUGCCCCUGGAUCAUACUCUUACGAUGCCAAGUAUAUCAUUCACGAGGCGCUCGAGAUAAUACACGACAUCCAGGCCGCCGCAAAAUCCCAACGAGAGAUUUCCAGCUCAAGCACCCCCAUAGCCUGGGAGGCGUGGCAGAAAAACGUGGCAGAUCUGCAAGCCCGGGCCGCUUCGUUGAAAGCACGGAAAGAUAACCUGGAGGGCAUGGCGGCCGGUGCUACGCCUCCACGCCUCAAGUCGAAAUCGAAGCGCUACAAGGCCAGUAAAUCAAUCGUGCGAGCGCAGCUUGAAAGAGCCGCUGCGGCCUUCGAGUCGACUACAGCAAGCCUCGAGGUGCAAAGAGAAGCAUAUGAUGCAAGCGUCACCAGACUAAACCAAAAUUUGGAGAGAAUCUCGGACAUCCAGCUGGCAAUCGGCAAGCUUCAGGCGGAGAACAUAACACUCGAAGAGAUUGUCCGCAUUCUCCGCGCCUCAAUCAGCGCACUGUCGGGACUGAAGGAGCAGAUCACGUCACUGCUUCGCUUUUUCCAGGGGAUUUCUGCCAUGGUCGAGUUCGCUGCUCGCGGGCCGUGUAGAGAUCUGCUGGAAACAAUGGAGACUGGCAUCGACCGAGACGAUACGGGCGCAAUUGCCGGCAUCACAUAUCGGGAUUUCCAGAAGCAGGUCCUUCUCAACACUACUCUAAUGAUUCGAGGCUACUUUAGUGUUGUUUUCGAAGUGUCUCGCCUUUACAGUCAAAUCUCACGCGAGUACAUCAUCCCCGGCAUCAACUUGAUCGAUUCGCUUGGCCUCUCCCAAAGCCGAGACAUCACCAACCAGCGGAACAAGGAGUUGGAGCACUACAAAAAAAGCGCCGUCCAAGCGAUCCGUGAACUUGCGGAGAAGAAACAACAAGCACUGCUUUCGAGGAUGGAUCAGCGCAUCAGCUACCUCCAGGAAUCUGCUUCUUCCCUGCCCGAAUGUCCAGAAAAGAAAGCAAUCGAAAAGGUCGCGGAAGAAGAGGCGGCCAGGGCGAGAUUCGAGGCGGAACAAGAAGGUGACUUUGUUGAUGUGGCAGCUCACCUAUCUCAGACUGGGCAUUAUAACGAAGAUCUUUGA